AUGUCUUCCCAGAGCCUUUCGCCAAUGGCUGCUCCUAUGCAGACGGUGCCCAUGUCAACACAAAGUCUGUCUGCCAAAGCGGUGCCCCCACAGGUUCCUUCCCAGUCAGCUCCCCACGUGGAGUACGAGGAACAAGACCUUGAAACAGAGUAUGUGGAGCGCAUUGUGGAGGUUCCAAGGGUUCGCGUGGACCAUGUGGAGAAGGUCAUCGAGGUGCCAGAAAUCCACAUGGUCGACAGGAUCAUCGAAGUUCCACAAGUUCAAGAUAUAGUUUACGACACGGGUUCUGGAGCAGGUGGUGCCUAUGGAGGCUCUGGCUACGGUGGUCCUGGUGGAGGCUUUGGCCCGGGUGGAGGAUACGGAGGUAGUGAUGGCUUUGGAGGGUCUGGAGGCUGUGGAGGUUGUGGAGGGUCCGGCUUCGGUGGCUUCGGUGGCUUCGGAUCUGGCUUUGGACCGGGUGGAGGGCCCGGUGGCUACGGCUCCGGCUAUGGUGGACCGGGAGGCGGUCCGGAUGGUGCUGGCGGCUGUGGCGGUCCAGGAGGUGCUGGCUAUGGCUAUGGCUAUGGGGGAUGCGGUGGACCCGGCAGCAUCGCCUUUGGAGGGGGGGCCAUGGAUCUGGGGUCAUCAGCUGGAAGAUAUCCCUUCAAGGGCGAAGGUGGAGAGUUGGAUCCUUUCGGCUUCGGUGGAAGAGGGGCCAACGGCUAUGGAGGUGGACCAGGUGGAGCCAAUGGCUAUGGACCUGGUGGAGGAUAUGGACCAGGUGGAGUCAAUGGCUAUGGACCUGGUGGUGCUAGUGGCUAUGGACCCGGUGGAUGUGGAUAUGGAGAUGGAUCUGGACCCAAUGGCGGUGGUGGUAUGGGCGGUAUGGGCGGUAUGGGCAUGGGCUAUGGCCCUGGUGGAAGGGGUGGCAAGGGCAAAGGAAAAGGCAACUUGCCAGUCAAAGUCAUCACGCGGGAGGUUCCAAAGAUCGAAGUGAAACAAGUUGAAAAGAUUGUAGAGAUUCCGAACAUCGAGUAUCAGGACAGGCUUGUGGAAGUGCGCGAGGUGCGAGAAGUGGUUCGAAGAGUGCCACGCAUCGAAGUUCGCGAGAUCCCCAUCGAGCGUGUGAUCCAGGUGCCGAAGAAGGUGGUUCAAGAAGUGGAGCAACCCGUCUAUCGUCCAGUGCCUCACAUGGUGAAGCAACACGUGGAACGAGAGAUCCCGGUGCCAAAGCCAUACCUCCAGACCUUGGAGGUGGUCAAGCAGGUGUCAGUGCCAACAACCGAAGAUGGGGUCGUGAUUCCGCAGUCAGAAGUGACACCACAAGCUGCAGUUCAGCCUGGGCAGACGUCACCUCCAGCUCAAGGUGCCAGUCCGGGCCAGCCUGUCCUAAGUGCACCUGUGUCCAGAACAUACGAGCUUCCUCCAGUGCCAAGUGGUGGCACUCCUGUUGCACCAGGUGGCACUGUGAUGUACGGAAGUGGUGUAGUGCAAAGCCAGACUCAAGUCGCUGGUGGGGAUUUGUUCAGCAAAAUGGACAAAGACGGCAGCGGAGCAAUUUCACGUGAGGAGUUUGCACAGGCCCAGCAAAUGGGCAUGGCACCCUCCAUGAGUGCUGCCAAUCCAUAUGCCACGAUGGCUGGCCCGGGUGUACCAGUAACUGCAUCGCCAACAGGACCCCCACAGAGCGUCUCUUUGGGUUCGAUGGCAAUGGGUGCUGGAUUUGGUACCGUUCCUCCACAGGCUGGUGGCACUAUGAUGUACCAAAGUGUUCCAACGCCGCCACAGCCUGUGGUCGUGGCACAACGGAGUGUUGGACCUGUAGGCAUCAUGAACCCCUACGCCACAAUGUCUGGUGCACCAGGUGGCGCAGUAGCGUAUGCAUCAAUGCCUCCCCAAGCACCCUGCGGCUCUGGCUGCUUCACGCAAACUCAGAGAUAUGCUUCAGCAGGUCCUGCAGUCGGUGGGGAUUUGUUCAGCAAAAUGGACAAAGACGGCAGCGGAGCAAUUUCACGUGAGGAGUUUGCACAGGCCCAGCAAAUGGGCAUGGCACCCUCCAUGAGUGCUGCCAAUCCAUAUGCCACGAUGGCUGGCCCGGGUGUACCAGUAACUGCAUCGCCAACAGGACCCCCACAGAGCGUUUCGUUGGGUUCCAUGGCACUGGGUGCUGGAUUUGGUACUGUUCCUCCACAGGGCAGCCCGGUGAUGUAUGGCAGCGGCGUAGUGCAAAGCCAGGUCGCUGGUGGAGAUCUGUUCAGCAAAAUGGACAAAGAUGGCAGUGGAGCCAUUUCACGCGAGGAGUUUGCACAGGCCCAGCAAGUGGGCAUUGCCACGAUGUCUAGCCCUGGUGCAGCAGGGCCGCUUUAUGGACCUCCACAGAGCGUCUCUAUGGGUUCCAUGGUGAUGGGAGCCGGCUUUGGCAGCACUCCUCAGGGUUGCGCUGUGGCGUACGGAGGCGCCGCAACGCCUCCCCAAGCACCAUCAUCUGCUAGCUGCAUCCAAAGCCAAAGAUAUCCUGGGCAAGUCGGCGUUGUGCAGUCAAUGGGUGCCAUGAACCCCUACGCCACAAUGUCUGGUGCACCAGGUGGCGCAGUAGCGUAUGCAUCAAUGCCUCCCCAAGCACCCUGCGGCUCUGGCUGCUUCACGCAAACUCAGAGAUAUGCUUCAGCAGGUCCUGCAGCCUCAGGAGACCUGUUCAGCCGACUGGAUCGAGACGGCAGCGGAGUCAUCUCGCGGGAGGAGUUUGAGCAGGCUCUGCGGUCAGGAGUGGUUGGUGCACCACAGUCUGGGAGUAGCCAAGUGGCCACCACCUGA